GGGACUUCCGGGGCCGCGGUUGCAUCAGAUUCUGGGAAGCGUCUGUGGCAUUGGCCGUGGGUUGGGAUUCCCAGCGAUGGCAGGUUCCGGGGAGCACGCAGCUGGGUUCUGGAAAGAACAGCGGCCGUGGCCCAGAUCCUUGAUGGUCAGAGGCAAGCCGUCACAGAAGCAUGCUCAGUGUAGCGUUCAGUCCCUGCGCCGGCAGGCACUAGAUGAUCUCUUGUUGGAGUCCAGGCUGACCUCAGACUGGGAACCCUUCACCUCCCAGAGUGAGGAUUACGGUGUGCACCCCACACACAGGACCCCGUGUUCCCAGGGCAUCUGCAGCCUUCCGUGGGCACUGAGCCUCUCCAGCGUCUGCGCGGCACCUCCUGGUGGCAGUGCUGCUGACUACAGGUCCAUUCUGAGCAUUAGUGACGAGGCAGCCAGGGCCCAGGCCCUGGACCAGCACCUCAGCACGCGUAGCUAUGUCCAGGGGUACUCCCUGUCCCAGGCAGACGUGGAUGUUUUCAGGCAGCUCUUGGCCCCUCCGGCUGACUCGAGGCUCUUCCACGUGGCUCGAUGGUUCAGGCACAUAGAAGCGCUCCUGGGUGGCCCCCCUGGCAGAGGCGAGCCCUGCGGGCCCCAAGCAAGUAAAGGCCGGCGAGUGCAGCCUCAGUGGACCCCUCCGGCAGGGACUGAGCCGUGCAAACUGCGCCUAUACAAUAGCCUCACCCGGAACAAGGAUGUAUUUAUACCUCAAGACGGGAAAAAGGUGACGUGGUACUGCUGUGGGCCAACCGUCUAUGAUGCAUCUCACAUGGGACAUGCCAGGUCCUACAUCUCCUUUGACAUCUUGAGAAGGGUGCUGAGGGAUUACUUCCAGUACGACGUCUUUUACUGCAUGAACAUCACGGACAUUGAUGAUAAGAUAAUCCGGCGGGCGCGACAGAACUACUUGUUUGAGCAGUAUCGGGAGCAGAAGCCCCCCGCAGCCCAGCUCCUGAAGGACGUUCAUGCUGCCCUGAAGCCAUUUUCAGUGAAGUUAAGUGAGACGACGGAUCCUGACAAGAGACAGAUGCUUGAGCGGAUCCAGCAGGCGGUAAAGCUCGCUACAGAGGCUCUCGAGAAAGCCGUGCAGUCUGGUGUCUCUGGAGAGUCCAUGGACAACCACGCACAGGUACUGCUGGAAGAGGCGAAGGACUUGCUCUCUGACUGGCUGGAUUCCACAGGUGGCGGUGAGGUGACGGAUAACUCCAUCUUCUCCAAACUGCCCGAGUUCUGGGAAGAAGAGUUCCACAAAGACAUGGAAGCCCUGAAUGUUCUCCCUCCUGACGUCUUGACCCGGGUUAGCGAGUAUGUACCAGAAAUCGUCAACUUCGUCCAGAAGAUUGUGGACAACGGUUAUGGCUAUGCUUCCAAUGGGUCUGUCUACUUCGACACAGCCAGGUUCGCUGCCAGCGAGAAGCACUCCUACGGGAAGCUGGUGCCUGAGGCUGUUGGCGACCAGAAAGCUCUUCAGGAAGGGGAAGGUGACCUGAGUGUCUCUGCUGACCGCCUGAGUGAGAAGCGCUCUCCCAACGACUUCGCCCUGUGGAAGGCCUCCAAGCCAGGAGAGCCGUCUUGGCCUUGCCCCUGGGGAAAAGGUCGACCAGGAUGGCACAUAGAGUGCUCUGCCAUGGCAGGUACACUCCUGGGAGCCUCGAUGGACAUUCAUGGUGGAGGGUUUGACCUCCGCUUCCCCCACCAUGACAACGAGCUGGCACAGUCAGAGGCCUACUUUGAAAAUGACUGCUGGGUCAGGUACUUCCUGCACACAGGUCACCUGACGAUAGCGGGCUGUAAGAUGUCCAAGUCCCUGAAAAACUUCAUCACCAUUAAAGAUGCCUUGAAGAAACACUCAGCGCGGCAGCUGCGGUUGGCCUUCCUCAUGCAUUCUUGGAAAGACACCCUGGACUAUUCCAGCAACACCAUGGAGUCUGCCCUUCAGUACGAGAGGUUCAUGAAUGAGUUUUUCUUAAACGUGAAAGACAUCCUCCGAGCCCCUGUAGACAUCACUGGCCAGUUUGAAAAGUGGGAGUCUGAGGAGGCAGAGCUGAAUAAGAACUUCUAUGAGAAGAAGAGGGCAGUUCAUGAAGCCCUCUGUGAUAAUGUGGAUACCCGCACCGUCAUGGAAGAGAUGCGGGCUUUGGUCAGUCAGUGCAACCUUUACAUGGCAGUUCGGAAGGCCGAAAGGAGGAGGCCCAACCGGGCUCUGCUGGAGAACAUUGCUAUGUACCUCACCCACAUGCUGAAGAUCUUUGGAGCCAUAGAGGAGGAGAGGUCCCUGGGUUUCCCAGUUGGAGGGCCCAGGACCAGCCUGAACCUCGAGUCUACAGUCAUGCCCUACCUGCAAGUGCUGUCGGAAUUCAGAGAAGGCGUGCGCAGGAUUGCCCGGGAGAAAAAAGUCCCUGAGGUUCUGCAGCUCAGUGAUGCCCUCCGGGAUGACGUCCUGCCUGAGCUCGGGGUGCGGUUUGAAGACCAUGAAGGACUGCCAACCGUGGUGAAACUGGUGGAUAGAGACACCCUACUGAAAGAGAAGGGAGAGAAGAAAAGGGCUGAAGAGGAGAAGAGGAGGAAGAAGGAGGAGGCUGCCAGGAGGAAGCAGGAGCAGGAGGCAGCAAAGCUGGCGAGGAUGAAGAUUCCCCCCAGUGAGAUGUUCCUGUCAGAAAGCGACAAGUAUUCCAAGUUCGAUGAAAACGGUCUGCCCACCCACGACACCGAGGGCAAGGAGCUGAGCAAGGGGCAGGCCAAGAAACUAAAGAAGCUCUUCGACACCCAGGAGAAGCUCCACAAGGAGUAUCUGCAGAUGGUGCAGAAUGGCAGCCUCCAGUGACCCGGCUGGGCCGCCUGGACUGAGGCCCCGCCCACGCGCCGGCCCUGCUCUGGUCUUGUUUACAACAGCCCUCCAGCAGCUCCUUUUGAGAUGUAGAUAAUAAAUCCUUUGACCCGUGA